GUUUUUGGUUGGCAAGAAAUGUCACAACAGUCAAAGGGGCUCCUUUUAAUUUAUUUUGAAUUUAUUUUUAAACUCCCUUUAAAUUUAAUCACCUAAUAAUUACAAUAUUUUAUAUUUACAAUGUUUUCGAAUCCUUUGUGCUUUAAACAACAAGAUGUCUAAAUCACCAAGACACACAAGUACGCCUUACAGAAGUGUUAAUCCUGUUGGAAGACCACCAAUACGUAAACCAGAUAUGCCAGAUGUUGUUAGUCCCAUAGUUCCAGAAAAACAGGUCAAGGAACAGAAAGCAAGAAAAAAAGAAUUGAGGGAUAGUUUUACAAAUCAUUCAAGUAAUUCAUCACACAAUUAUGAUUCAGACUCAGAGUCAAGUGGAAAUGAUUACAAAGACUGUGUGAGAACCAAAAGUUUAUCAACACUAUCUCCGAAAAAGAUUCAUAGCAAACCUAGUGAUGAUAAUAAUAAUCAGUUUUCUUGUAUUUACGUAUUAAUCAUCCCAUUAAUGUUAAUUGUGAUAGGUAUUGCUGCAUUUGGAUAUGAUCAAUCAACCUUGCAUAUUAAAUUAUACACAAAUGAAGAUUUUGAACAUGAUUUCAAGAAUCAAAAUAAAGAAUUAUGGUACAACAUUGAGGGGGCUGUAAAUGAUAUAGAAAAGUUAAACAGAAUAUCUGUGUUUAUGUUUCUCUAUACAGAUCAUAAUAGCAAAGAGGUUCUAGAUAAAAUUGUUGACAAAAUAACAAACUAUUAUAACUGUAAAUUUAAAUAUUGUUCUUUGGAUCGUGUAGAUAUUGAGGGACAAAAAUUAGCAGAACAUUUUUUUACGGAAGAUUAUGGGAGGAUUUUAACAACAUACAAAGAAGAAAUGGAGAAAAAAGGGGUUUUUAUUGUAAGAAAUUUGGAAGACGUUCCUACAGAAUCAGCUCAGGCUUUUCAUUCUAUUUGUGAUCAAUAUGAGCCUCUAGUUGAAAAUUCUUUUAUUAUUUUAACAAUGAAAGUUGAAAGGCUUCCCAAUGAACCUGUUUCUUUUUGUGAAGAAAAAUUAAGGAAGCAGUGGAGUACUCUGGAAGAUGACAAGUUUUACCCUUUGUAUACAAGGAUUUCUAAUGUUAUUAUUGGGAUUUACCCAGAGGAUAGUUAACAGCACUGCAGAUUUUUACAUUGUUUUAUUAAUAUUUUUGAUAUAAAUAUAGUUUUUAAAAUACAAUUGUUAUUUAUGUUAUAAACAAAAAAACGUUGAUUUUAUAUUAUUAUUUUAUUAAUACUAAUAAUAAAUAACAAGGUAACAGUUUUCACCUGAGAAUCAAAUCAAUAGUACUAAAUGAACUCAUCAAAGAAUCCUGGGUAAACUUUUUUCUAUACUAACUCUCAAAGCUAAAAACAACAGAGUAAAAUUCUUCCUGUACCACUCCACAUUGUAAUUGACGUGAUUCCUCCAGUUUUUAUCCAAAAAACUUUUGUAAAACUCGCUCAUUUCAUCAGCAGUCAACUGUUUUUGUUCUUCGCCUUUAACUUGAUGACUUUCAAUGUAUGCCAGUCGUUCACUCACAAACCUUGUGUUGUGUUUGGCCCAAAAUUCGUUGUUCCACGCAUGCGUGCUAUCCUGUAACUCGCGUAAUUUUACCUGUAAGGGUGUUUCGUUUAACAAUCUUUUUCUAAUAAUUGGUCUUAAGUUCGAUACAGCAUCCGGUGGCCCUAUAAGAUCAACAUCGUCUUCUUCUCUGAGUACUACAACAGGGUCUUCUAAUAUUUUCUCGAUAAAUACUGUUUGUGGCGGUCUCGAGCUGGCAGUUCUCUUUAAAACCUUCAAAAACAUAUUUUUUUGACGUUAGCUGUCGCAACAUAACCUCAAUAUUACGUAAUUAUUUAUUCGUUUGUUACUCACAUUGUAAAGUAAGCACUUGCAUUUAUUGUUAAGAAUACAUGUAGUUGUUGCUGUAAGUACCAUUGUGAUUGUUUAGUUUGUUGUAUUUCGGCUUAAAACCAUCUUUUUAAAAAGCUCGCGAUCGGGAGGUUUUGAAGGAGUGCCAACCACAAAGUGU